UUCCACCCUGGAGUUAUGGGUGAGCUUGGCGCAGCCGAACCCGUUCUUUGACACCGGCCCCGGCCGAGUGACCAUGUGGUGCCGUGUGGAUGGGCCAGCGAGCAGGGGCCAUGCAGGUUGGGUCGACCUGCAUGCUGCGGCAGAACGCCAGCAAGUCGGCGGUAGAUGAGCGUCAAUAUAUUCUUGGAAUUAGCGACUGCGCUCGAGCAAGACAAUGGCAAGCUGGGCUUGGCUUGUUCUUUUCCAUGAGGAGAAUGGAGGUCAAUCCCAAGGUGAACAGCUACAAUGCAGCCCUUAGCUGUUGCCAUCGGGGGUCCCAGUGGCAACUCGCUUGGGAAUUCUUCGAGUCAAUGCCUUCAAGAAUGAUCACACCAACAGUGGUGAGCUACAACUCCACAAUCAGCUCCUUAGGCUUUGGAACAUAUUGGGCGUGGGCCCUGCAGAUAUUUCGAGAUAUGCCAAGCCUUGGCAGGGUCAUGCCCAAUGUGAUCAGCUACAGCGCCCUGAUCAGUUCAUGCGAGAAGGGCGCCCAAUGGCAAACCGCCCUGGAAUUGUGGCAGGAGAUGCCCAAAAAGCAGAUCGCUCCAAACCUUUACACCCACAAUUCCACCAUCAGUUCCUGUGAGAAGGCGUCUGAGUGGCAGCUAGCUUUGAGGAUCUUUGGCAACUUACCAACUGCAACCAUCAAGCCCGAUGUGAUCAGCUGCAGUGCUAUGAUGAGUGCAUGCGAGAAGGGUGGUCAGUGGCAGCAGUCACUUAAAUUGCUGCAAAUGAUGCAACUCCUCAAUAUCUCACCAAAUGCUUACAGCUACAGCGCAGGCAUUAGUUCCUGCGAGAAGGGCUCGCAAUGGCAGCGGGCUUGUGUCCUCUUAGAGGAAGCCUUCCUCUUCGCGGAUUUGUUGUGCCACAAUGGCGCCUUGAGCGCCCUUGAAAAGGCUGCCCUUUGGGCGACAGCGCUGCACUUGUGGCAUCAGAUGCCAGAUGCCAGGAUCGUGGCAGAUGUUUACAGUUACAGCGCUGUAAUCAGCAGCUGCGAAAAGGGUGGAGAAAGCCGGUUGGCACUGGACGUUUUUCAAGCUAUGCUUAGGGCAAGCAUCACGCCGAAUGUGGUCAGCUACAGCGCCCUGAUUAGUUCAUGUGAGAAGGGCGCCCAAUGGCAAACCGCCCUGGAAUUGUGGCAGGAGAUGCCCCAAAAGCAGAUCGCUCCAAACCUUUACACCCACAAUUCCACCAUCAGUUCCUGUGAGAAGGCGUCUGAGUGGCAACUAGCUUUGAGGAUCUUUGGCAACUUACCAACUGCAACCAUCAAGCCCGAUGUGAUCAGCUUCAGUGCCACGAUCAGCGCAUGCGAAAAGGGCGGUCAGUGGCAGCCAGCAUUGAGCUUGUUGCAGCAGUGGCGGGCGGAAAGACCGGCGGCACAGCUACAGGUCAAAAACACAGUCGAUGAUCGUCGAUGACAU